ACAGAGGAGACAAAGAAUAUUGCUGUAAUCUUCUGAAAACGACUGACGUUUUUCUUCUCAAACUUUCUGAUCACAGACUACCCGAGCGAGCCAUGAGGUUCAGUGCCUUUUUCUGUCUUCUUCUUCUGGCCUGCCUGUACCUCAGCCUGGCACAAGGCUCAUAUGAGAACUGCUGUUUGAGGUAUGUCGAUAUUGUGAAGAGGAGUACGAAGAGGAACGUGAUCACCUACAGAAUACAGCAAACUGAUGGUGGAUGCAAUGUUCCCGCCAUUGUGUUCACGCUGAGGAGAGGGACGGCAUUCUGUGCAGACCCCAAUCAGCGCUGGGUAAAAUUACUGAUGAAGAGAGUUGACAAGAGAAAGGCCCUUACCUCUUAAUGCUUAGGAGUAAAUGUUUCCUUUAAAAUUCAUACAGGAUUAAAACUCAGACAAUUGUAACAGCAUUAUUUCAUACAUAAUUUUCAGGUAUCAAUUCUGUCUCUUAACAGAGUUCCUAAAUUCUUAGAAAUAAGCAGCCUGAGAUGGCUUCCCUGGUGGAUCUCUCAUAUUCUGUGUAUUUGUUCCUGAUGUCCACAACUCUUCUGUCAGACAGAAUUUUUUUUCUGGCCAUAGUUUGCAUGCUUUGAUUGUUGUCCUCUCCUCACACACAGGCAUGCACAAAUACACACACACACACACACACACACAGUCUACUCUGAAGCCCACUUUACACUGAAAGAUCAAGAAAUACUCCAGAUGUUUAUCUCAGUUUAGAUCACAAUAGCUAUUAUUAGCAGCUGAUUAUUAUGAUUAGCUGUUACUAAUUCAGUGACAAGUUCAGAAGGGGUAUCUAAAAGUAUCAAUGAUAAGCAAUUGCAAGCAAGUACACCCCUCACUCAAUAUAUGUAAUUUGUUUUAGUUUAUGAUAAACUGUACAUGCUGCAAAUGAAGUGUUUAUAGAUACACUAACAUCUGACAUGAAUGAAAUGUUCCUAAAAAGAAUUAGUUAUUCCACAAUAUCAUAAUACCCUUUACUUUGUACAGGGUAUAUUAACAUACAGUAGAAACAUAAUGAAGACAAACAAGACAUAUAUAAACAGCAUUUCCCUGAUUUUGAGAAGUUUCCAUAAUCUCUGUGUUUUUUUUUUGGAUAUCAGCAUUUCUUUUUAGAAGAACAUAUGUUUUGUCAACGCCUGGCUAAUGCUGCUUAUCUUGCCAUUUAUAAUCAAUGUGCAAAACAUGGAGAGUCUCAUGAAUUGUAUUGGUUGGAAGAAGAGCAUUUUCAUAUGCUAACUCAGAUAAGUAAAAAGAAAUACAUUUGACUAUGUAUUAAUGCAUUCAUUGUUGAACUGAAGCUGUGCAAAGAGAUUGUAACAUGACAGAGAAUGCAGGUUGUGUUGUGCUUGUGGGACAUUGUUGAUGUGUUAUUACAUGCUGAAAUUGUAGAUAUACUGUAAGACAGCAGAGUACAAAAUAUCUUUAAACAUUGCUGUUGCUGGUAGUGUACAGACAAUGUCUGAAUGUGAAUGUUGUUCAAGUACCUGCUAAUAUUGAGCCACUAUUUUCAGCUUUGCAAUUACCUUUUUUGUUCCUGUUUAUUAUGUCUUUGUGCUUUUUGUUG